AUGACUUAACUGACUGAAAACCAUCCUUUCUUUUCCUUUUUCGAGUUAAAAUGUCUGGAGAAUUUAUCAAUGGGAGUUACGAAGGCUCAGCGGGAAUCGGGUUCAACUUCAGCUGCGUUUUCAACGCGACGAACACCAGCUCCUCCGCGGGGAACUUUCACCUGUCAGAUUUAGACAGAAGUGAUGCUGUGGGAGACGGAGCUGCCGCUGUGAGGAUUACAAUAUCUGUCAUCUACUCUCUGGUUUGCGCGCUCGGUCUGGUUGGGAACUUACUGGUCCUGUAUCUCAUGAAGUCUAAGCGCGUGUGGAAAAAAUCCUCCAUCAACCUCUUCGUGACGAGUUUGGCAGUGACAGACUUCCAGUUCGUGCUGACGCUGCCGUUUUGGGCGGUGGAAAACGCGCUGGACUUCACGUGGCUUUUCGGCAGAGCCAUGUGUAAGAUCGUGUCCUAUGUGACGGCUAUGAACAUGUACGCCAGCGUGUUUUUCCUCACAGCGAUGAGCGUGGCGAGGUACUGCUCCCUCGCGUCUGCGCUCAAGGGCAGGAGGCGGCGGACGCGCUGCUGCUCCGCGCGGUUCAUCACCGUUUUCAUCUGGUUCGCCGCUGUGUCCGCCGCGCUGCCGCACGCGGUUUUCUCCACAACCGUCACAGUUUCCAACGAAGACCUGUGCCUGGUGAAAUUCCCCGAGACCAACGGCACCAGCACGCAGUUCUGGCUGGGACUCUACCACUCUCAGAAAGUGCUGCUGGGCUUUGUGGUCCCCCUGGGCGUCAUCUGCGUCUGUUACCUGCUCCUGUUGCGCUUCAUCACCUCCAAAAACAUCAACACCUCCAGCGCCAAACGACGCGCAAAGGUCACGAAGUCCGUCACCAUCGUGGUGCUGUCCUUUUUCCUCUGCUGGCUGCCCAACCAGGCGCUGACAGCCUGGGGCAUCCUCGUCAAACUCAACGUGGUUCACUUCAGCUACGAGUACUACACCACACAGGCGUACGUGUUCCCCGUGUCCGUGUGUCUGGCGCACUCCAACAGCUGCCUCAACCCCAUCCUGUACUGCCUGAUGAGGCGGGAGUUCAGGAAAGCGCUGAAAAAACUCUUCUGGCAGAUCACGUCGCCGGCUCUGACCACCAUACGACCCAUCACGGCCACGACAAAGCCAGAAACGGACGAGCAAGGACAGGUCCUGGUCCCCGUCAGCGCGCCCGUGGAGCCCGCUGUGGUGUUUUAUCCUCCGGGGGCAGUGAUGCACAGUGACAGGCGAGAUCUUCCACAAAACAGCACUUAGUCCACAAAACUGAGUUGAUGUAAUUCUUUAUGUGUAUUUAUGUGUUAAUUUCACUUUAUUGCCGAGUCCAACCUGGCUCUGGAUCAAGGUUUAAAAGUGCAAACAGCAGCUCCUUCAUCAUCCUCUAUGUCACCUGCGUGUGCACGGCUCGACACAGUGGCGCAUGUUUUCUUCUGCAUUAAAUGGAAUUUAAAUUUAAAUUUUAAAUGUGCCACCUCAUCUAAUGACAUUAUUAAUAAUAAUAAACAUACAGAUGGAGCUUUUUCUGUUCAGGAUGAGAAUGGAGGUGGACAGUAAGUCCAUUCAUUCAUUCAUUCAUUCAUUAAUACACUACACAUUAAUGGAUACUGUAUAUAAAUCCACAUGGGUUCAUUACAUUGUAUUCCAUUUCAUGCCAGAAAAGCAGAGGUGGAAAGUAAUGAAUUACAUUUACUCAUGUUACUGUAAUGGAGUAUGUUUUUUUUUGUAAUUUUACUUUUACUUAAGUAUGUUUCUUUGGAAGUACUGUACUUUGCUACAUUUGAAUUCACAUCCGUUAACGAGUAAAAAUAAAUAAAUGCACACACUGAAAACUUUGGCAGUGAAUGAUGAGGACAGGUGAAUUGGCACUAAUAAAGGUCCCUGAGUGAGAAAGUAAAAGCAUUUGUAAAGCACUUUAAUUCAUAAAGGUUUGCCUUUGAUUAAAAACGGUCCCAUGGUCCCCUUGUUAAUAAAGUAACUAAGUACCUUUUACUCUAAAGUAGAGUAAGAUUUUAAACAAGCUACUUUUUGACUUGAGGACAUUUUUAGACCAGUACUUUAACUUAUACUUAAGUAAAUAUUUUUUUAUUUGAUCAAAAAUAGUGGUACUUUUACUUGAGUAGAAUAUUUCAGUACUCUUUCCAACUCUGUAGAAAAGGUCCUAAAGAGGUAACAAAUUACAAGAAAACACACACACUGUUGUACUCAAAGGUUGACUACGUGGAUUAUUCUUGUUUCACUUGUCUCAGGUAAUUUGAUCAUACAGUGCAUGAUAACUCAUUGUGAGCUCUCAUUAUGUGCUGCUUUCUCCUCCACGUGAGGGCCACAGGGGACUGGAGCCAAUCUCAGCGGAUGUACUAGGGCAAAAUGUGAGACAAAUAAUUGUUUACUCUCACAUUGGCACCUACGGUCAAUUCAGAGUGUCCCAUUAAUUAAUAAAUGAAUUAAUCGAACUGGUCGUUUCGAACUGGGAUUCAAACUGGUGACCUUCUUGCUGUGAAGCGACAAUGCUAGCCACUGCCUCACCGGGUAAACUCUCAUUCAGA